AUGCCAGAUCAAGCCAUUGCGAUGUUUGAACACGCAAACGGGAAUAUGGUUCAAGGCAAUGUCUUCAACAUCCAACAGCGCAAGUCCAGUGAGACGGAUCGCCACUCAAUGAACCUCCUCGAGGAGCGUUGCUGCAUCGGUGCUCAAGUCGACUCCAAUGAGCGCUUCGACCCGCCACGAUGCGACCUGGAUACACGUGUCAAGAUCACGCAGGAUAUUAUGGACUGGAUCAAGGGCGACGACGAAGAAGCGUCCAUCAUGGUCCUCCAUGGGUCGGCUGGGGCUGGCAAGUCUGCCCUCGAACAGACAAUCGCCCAGCUAUGCCAGCAGGAGGGUCGUCUUGCCUCAAGCUUUUUCCUCUCACGAACGGCCGCUAACCCGCAGCGCAGUAAUGGCGAUGUGGUCAUCCCGACGUUGGUUUACCAGCACCUCCAGGUAUUUCCAUGGAUCAAGAACCCAGUGCUUGAUGAGAUCGAGGCAUACCCCAAAAUAUUCGACCUAUCGCGUGAGGUCCAGUUUGAUCGUCUUUUCGUGAAGCACUUCCAAGGGCCCCGACAGCAGCUCUCAGGCUACACACAACCCCGUCUCAUUGCAAUAGAUGGCCUUGAUGAGUGCAACGACCGCAACGUCCAGCUGGACCUCCUUCGCAUCAUCGCUGCUGCUGUCCCUCACCUUCAACACCCCUUCCGCUUUUUCAUUGCCUGCCGGCCAGAGACGCACAUCAUGCAAGUCAUUCAUAGGGACCCUCUCUUUCAGAACGCCUUCAUCCACCGCAUUGACCUUAACGAGGACACACAAGUCGACAACGAUAUACGCCACUUUCUGACAAAGAAAUUCCGAAAAAUACGAGAGAGCCAUCCCAUUGGGGGUUUCCUCUCUUCAUCAUGGCCAUCCGCUGAUGUCAUCGACACCUUGGUUGCGAAUUCUUCGGGCCAAUUUGUCUACGUCGAUACAGUGAUACGGUUUAUUGCCUGGAACAAUGCCAGACCUGACGAUCAACUCAACAUUAUCCUUUCCCUUACACUGCCGCGUCAAAACGAAAAGCCUUUCUACACAUUGGACUCAUUGUACAGCCAUAUAUUUUCCUGUGUUCAGGAUCGCGACACUGUGCAGCGUAUUCUUGGGAUCAUCUGGCUGGCAUCUCGGCAUGAAGUUUACGGAUAUGAGCGUUGGUCAGAUGAAUACCAUCUGUCAGAUCCCACAAACCUGGAAAGAAUCCUGAACCGUCGUCCGGGGUGA